CUUGUAAUUUGUUAAUUAUGGUGAUUGUAUAUUAAAGAUAACAUUUUUUAUUGCCUGUAGUUCCUGAAAAGGAAACUGUCUAAAGAAACUUUCAUAGAGCAAUAUUAAACAAAAAAUUGCAAAAAUGUUCAUUUACAAGUUUAUGGCUGGUGUGGUCGAGACCUUUACAGGCGGUGCUGAAGAGGAUACAAUUAUAUUUGAUCCUCAUGCACAUCGUGUCAUAGAAAAACCAACAUCGUACCUGGAUACAAUGAUCCAUCUUCUGAAGGCGAGCAUUGGAGCAGGUAUUCUGUGCAUGCCGGACGCCGUGCGACGUCUGGGUUUAAUUAAUGGCGUUAUUGCUAUUCCUGCUAUUGGAUUCUUCGCGACUUACUGCAUCCAGCUACUGAUCAUAGCACAGUACAAAAUAUGCCAACGAGAAAAGAGAGGUUAUAUGGCAUACCCGAAAUCCAUGCUAUUUGCACUACAAUCUGGACCACCGUGUUUACGAUGGAGUGCAAAAUUAGUUUAUUAUUUUGUAGACAUAGUGCUAGUUACAUGGCAACUCGGGAUAUGCGUUAUAUAUUUUGUAUUCGUCGCGGAAAAUCUUAAGCAGGUUUGCGACCACUACAAUCUUUUUGAAGCGUCGUUGAGGCUGCAUCUGUGUUUAAUCCUUGGACCACUUAUCUUAAUAAAUUUAAUCAAAGAUCUGAAAAUGAUGACACCCAUGUCCACUGUUUCCAACAUAGUGACAAUUUUUGGCUUGAUCCUGGUAUUUUUCUAUCUCGUGGAAGAUGACGUUUCGUUGCCUGAUGACGCAUAUGAAUUAAAAAGCCUCGUCGAUAUUCCAGUGUUCAUUGGAAUCACUCUAUUUGCUCUCGAAGCUGUAGGAGUGAUUUUGGCAUUGGAAUAUAAUAUGGACUGUCCAAAGAAGUUCACCGGAAUUUGUGGGUUGUUCAAUUUAGGCAUGAUAGUUAUUAUGAUUCUGUACACGCUGGUGGGUGUGUUUGGGUACCUCAAGUACGGCAACAACAUAAAGGCAUCCAUCACACUAAAUCUGCCUUCAGACCAAAAAAAAGCUCAAGUAGCCAAAGUGCUGUUCGGGAUUGCAAUCUUUCUGUCGUUUCCACUGCAAAACUUCGUUGCAUACGCGAUCACGUGGCGCAAGAUUAAAAAGAAAAUUUCAGAAAAACGCUCCCUCUUUGUCGACUAUUUGUUAAGAAUAGUUCUGGUUCUUAUACCCUUUGCUGUCGCGGUGGCGGUCCCAACACUGGGUCCUUUCAUAUCGCUUUUCGGUGCCCUGUGCCUGUCUCUACUCGCGAUCGUAUUCCCCGGAUUGAUCGACGCUUGCGUCUGGUACCCGACCACUUACGGUGUGUUCAAAUAUAAACUGUUUCGCGACAUUACAAUAAUUUUAGUAGGCAUGUUCGCCUUAAUCUCUGGCUGUUACACUAGCAUAAUGGAAAUCAUUCAAGACUUUUAACAUUGGCCGGUCGUCUUGAAGAGUUAAUAAUAAUAAAAACUAACUUUUAUUAUGGACUUUUUUGGUCCAUUAAAUAUUUAUUAGUAACAAUAUUCUUAAAAACUAAUGUUAGUAAAUUUACAUACACAAUACACACACACAUAAUAUAUUAUAGUAUACAGAUAAUCACCGCUGUACAAUUCCAUUGGAGAUUGCGCAGCAGUGAUUAACGUACACACAGUGCAGCCUGCUUGCUAUCAAACUCAGGGCGCUGUUGGCGCUGGCACGUACUCUGAGUACUAGGGAUGUGCUCUUUUUCCGCAUCGUGGCAUAAAAACAAUCAACACGAUGCUCUGCGAACAUCCCCGACGCGCUAUAGAAUCGUGGCAGCCCCAUCAACACCCUGACGGCUUUAUUAUAUUGGAUACGGAGGUUGCUGUAGGAUUUUUGAGUAUAUACAGCUCACAGGUUGCACGCAUAGAAUAAUGUGCAAUAUGAUAUAAAUAAUGUAGUUUUAAUAAAUAAUGUCGGUCAUAAAUGACAAGGUAAAGGAUUUUCUUAAAAAGAUUUUUUUAUACAACUUAGAAUGGCAAACAAGCUGACGGCCCACCUGAUGGAAAGUGGUAACCGUCGCCUAUAGACAUGAGCAGUACCAUGGACAUAACAGAGUAUACUGUUUCCCCCAUGGUACCCCCCAUGCGUUGCCAUUCCUGAGGACUCAGGUUUUAUUCCUCUGUACCAUGUAAAUUCACGCCAUAUUCCACCCUUCAAACCGAAACACAGCCAUGCAAACAUAACUACUUCACGGUAGAAACACGAAUGGAACAGCGGCACCCAAGCAAUCGACUUUUGUACAAAGUCGAUACGUUAACGCUUUAUGUUUUUUUUUUCUAACUAUUCCUUAACGUGAGGACUGACUACUUUUAAAGGAUAUUACACUAUUCUUUUAUAUAAAUGUACUCAUAAUAUAUCAUCAUCAUUACCAUAUCAGCCUUUCUUUGGUCACUGCUGAUCAUAGGCCUCCCCCAUAGACUACCAUAACAAACGUGGCUGUUCCUUAUUUUAGUUUACCAUUGAGAGGAUUUUUACUCUGUACUAUAUAGAUUUUACUCUGAUUUCAACGCUAUUAUUAUGUAUAUUUAAAAACAAAUUUUAAUUACAGCUUAAUGAAUUAUAAUACUGUAAUAAAAAAUUUUUACAGUCCAGUCGGAUUAUGAAAUGAUAAAAUUAAUAUAAUUUAAAAAUUAUUGGCGUAUAUCGCGUAUAUACGCCAAUAAUUUUUUUUUUAAUUAUUGGCGUAUAUACGCGUGCAUCCUGUAGGCUGUAUAUACUCAAAAAUCCUACAGCGACCUCUGUAUCCAAUAUAAUAACGCGUCCAGGUAUUGAUGAGGCUGCCACGAUUCUGUAUCGCGUCGGGGAUGUUCG